AUGUUUCUAGAUGAGAAAUCUAUUAAAUAUAGAAAUGUUAAUUUAUUCUCAUCUACAUUAAAAGGAAAUGUUACUCAACAAGCCGCAUCUAGACUUCUAGAACAUGUAACUUUUAAUAGAAAUUUUUAUCAUAAAACUCACAACAGUAACGGAAAUGCUGUUGAUGACUAUCAUCAAUCAUCGACUCAUAUUCAACGUAAUAAAAAAUAUUUUAGAAGAACCGAUAAAUGUAAUUCAUGGUUAUCAAAUUUGCCCACAAAAAGUGACACAUCUUUAAAUCGAUUACCUGUAUACAUUAAAUCCCCCUUAUAUAAACAUCAAUCACCCGAUUAUUUUUCAUCUGUUCAUAUUCAUCCUCAAACUAAAUAUUCAAAUUUUUCUAUAAAUCAACCUCAUAAUAUGCCUUUACAAUUUCAACCAAAUCAAAUUAUAUUAUCAAGUAAUGCUACUACAAACGAUAUUAAUCCACAAUAUGAAUCAUUAUCUCAACCUCUAAUUAUGAUACACAAGAAACGCCUUCGUCGUGAUCAGUUUUUAUCAACAAUGCAAAAUUGUAUUCAACCUCCUUAUAGUCAAAAUCAUUUCUAUGCAUUCGAUCAAAUAAAUAUGCUUAAAUUACAACGAAGUCUUCAUUCAACGAAUGAUAAACAUCAUACAAGUCUAAAACGAAAAUAUUUUGAUCGGUACAAUGAUGUUCAAUCUCAAGAUGAUUGCUCAGAUAUUCAACCUGAUCAAAUAUCUUUAUCGAAAAAAUAUAUAUCUUCCCCCCAUGAACAAUCAUUACCGAAAACAGCUGAUCAUAUUAGUAUAGAUAGAUAUCAUAAUGAAUUAAAAACUCCCGUAUCAUCAAAUGAUAAACCCGAACUAGAUUUUUCAGUAGAACAUAAAAAAUCGGAACAAUCCAAUUUAAUUGUUUCACAUUUAGAAAAAAUUUUAAAUCUAUGUACUGAACUACGAACUGUAGCUAAGGAUGUAGAAACUCAUCUUAACGAACAAUCUAGCACAAAAUCAAAUAUUGAUGAUAGAAAUCCAAUAGAAAUCUGUCAAUCUGAACGAACAACAAUAGAUAUCUAUCAAGAACUCGAUGUUCAACCAACGAUCAAUGAUCCACUACCAUAUGAAAUCACUAAUGAAACAUUAUCAAUACAUUCCGAUAGUAAUAAAUCUCAUCAGUUAAUGCCAACAGAAUCAUUUAAAACAAAAUCACCAAGUUUAACAACUUCAAAUACAGCAUUACGUAAAACUGAAGAUAUUUGUUUAUGCUUUUUGAAAUCAUUUCUUGACAAACAAAAUUGUUCGUUAAAUAUUGAUGAACAAGAAUAUUUAAAUGAACUUACAAAAGCAUAUUUACUUGGUAGACAACAUCGUGAGGACAGCGACAAAUGCCAAACAGUAGAAAACGAAAUAUUUCCAGACAAACAACAAGAAUCAAAUAAUGAUCUAUUAUUUGAUACUAAUAAUAACAAUCAAUCUAGUAGUCCAUCAUCUAUUUUAUUCUAUAAUAAUGAUGAAAAGGCCAAUGAUCAUUUGUCAACUACGAAAAAAAGUUCAAAUGGUUCAAUAAUUUCAUUAGUCGAAAAUGGCCAACAAGAGUUAUCGACUCUAUCGGGAAUAGGUAGCGUUAAGCAUCGAAUAUUCAUUAGCGAACCAAUUGCAAUCAAAGCAGCAAAUGCUUUACCUGGUAUUGGAACUAAAUAUGCUCAACAGUUAGCUCAAUGUGGAUUUUCAACAGUACGACGUCUACUUGGUUUUUAUUUAAUGAUUAAAGAUGAUCAACAUUUUGCUACUUGGCUUAAUAAUAAAGUACAAUUAUCAACGCAUUCAGCAUGGUUAUGCACGAAUGCACUUCGAGCUUGGUGUGAAGUACAUCUUUAA